CUUCUGGAGCUCCAUGGCGGCCCUCAAAAUCCUCGUCCUCGGCAACGGAGGCCGCGAACACGCCCUCGCAUGGAAGCUCGCUCAGUCUGAUCUCGUAGAGCAUAUCUAUGUUUGUCCAGGGAAUGGAGGAACGAGCUCGGGCUCGUCCAAGAUCUCGAACGUCUCGGACGUUUCUGCUUCCCAGUUCAGCCUGCUCGUAAAAUGGGCGGUGAAGAACGAGAUCAACCUCGUUCUUCCUGGACCUGAACAACCCCUCGUCGAUGGCGUCGAAUCCUACUUCCGCAAAGUUGGCAUCCCCGUCUUCGGACCCAGUGCCCUCGCCGCACGCAUGGAAGGCUCCAAAGCCUUCUCAAAAGACUUCAUGGCUCGACACAACAUCCCCACAGCCGCCUAUCGCAUUUUCCCCUCGUCCCAAGUCAAAGAUGCCAUCGAGUACGUCCGGACAUGUGGACAUAAGGUUGUUCUCAAGGCGAGUGGCCUAGCGGCCGGGAAGGGUGUUUUGAUUCCGGAGACAGUGGAAGAGGCUGUCAAGGGCCUCGAAGAGAUCAUGGUCGCUCAUGCGUUCGGUUCUGCUGGCGACGAAGUGGUGGUCGAAGAACUCCUCGAAGGCCCCGAAAUCUCCGUCCUCGCCUUCUCAGACGGAUACACCAUCGUCCCCCUCCCCGCCGCACAGGACCACAAACGCAUAGGUGAGGGCGACACGGGUCUCAACACCGGCGGAAUGGGCGCCUAUGCCCCUGCGCCGGUCGCUACAGGGGCGAUCAUGGAGCAGAUCAUGAAGGAGACUUUGCAGCCUACGAUCAAUGGGAUGCGUCGCGAGGGCUUCCCGUUCGUAGGUUUGCUCUUCACGGGCUUCAUGUUAACAGAAUCGGGCCCUAAAGUCCUCGAAUAUAACGUUCGUUUCGGGGACCCCGAGACCGAAGCUCUGAUGCUCCUCCUGAGCAACGACACCGACCUUGCCGCCGUCAUCCUGGCGUGCGCAGAACAUCGCCUCGAUUCUGUCAAGAUCGACACUAAACCCGGUUCCGCCGUCUCUGUCGUCCUCGCCUCUGCUGGGUAUCCCGGGAGCUAUCCUAAAGGCAAACCUAUCACCGUUGGCGAAGUCCCGCAAAACACCGUCGUCUUCCACGCUGGAACCGUUCAGUCCGGGAACGUGAUUAAAACUUCAGGCGGCCGUGUCAUUGCCGUUUCGGCACAUGCUCCGACUUUGAAGGAAGCACUUGAUGCCGUGUACGCUGCUGUCGACAAGGUCGAUUUUGAGGGAAAGACCUACAGACGCGACAUCGCCCACAGAGCACUCAAAGCAGCCUCACAAUCCCAGUCCCAAUCGCAAUCCACAGGCCUCACCUACGCCCAAGCCGGCGUCUCCGUCGACGCCGGCAACUCCCUCGUCGAGACCAUAAAGCCGUACGUGCGCGCCACGCGCCGUUCAGGCGCGGACGCCGAGAUCGGUGGUUUCGGCGGUGUGUUCGACCUCAAGGCGACGGGCUAUGUCGAUCCGGUGCUCGUCAGCGGGACGGAUGGGGUGGGCACGAAGUUGAGGGUGGCGGUGGAUGCGGGGAUACAUGAUCUUGUUGGGAUUGACCUGGUCGCGAUGUCGGUGAACGACCUGAUCGUGCAAGGGGCCGAGCCGCUCUAUUUCUUGGAUUAUUAUGGGUGUAGCAAGUUGGAGGUCGACGUUGCUUCGCAGGUUAUCAAAGGUAUCGCGGAGGGUUGUCAGAUUGCGGGAUGUGCGCUCAUUGGGGGCGAGACGGCUGAGAUGCCUGGGAUGUAUCAGCCUGGCGACUACGAUCUGGCCGGCUUCGCUGUCGGUGCGGUCGAACGCUCACAGAUCCUUCCCAAGCCUGAUAUCAAACCCGGCGAUGUCCUCCUCGGCCUACCUUCCUCAGGCCUGCACUCCAACGGCUUCUCCCUCGUCCGCAAAGUCGUCUCCCUCUCCGACCUCACCUACUCCUCCCCCUGCCCUUGGUCGUCCACCUCGACCGAGCAACAACCAACCCUCGGCCGCGCCCUCCUCGAACCCACCAAAAUCUACAUCAAAUCCCUCCUCCCAGCCAUCCACCUCUCCCUCAUCAAAGCCAUGUCACACAUCACCGGCGGUGGCUUCAUCGAGAACAUCCCGCGGAUCUUCCCCAAGCACUCUGGCCUGGGCUGUUACGUCGACGUCUCCGCUUGGUCUUUACCGCCCGUGUUCAGAUUUUUGAUGGAGAAGGGCGGGAUCGAGCCGUUGGAGAUGUGUAGGACUUUUAAUUGUGGGGUGGGGAUGGUGUUGGUUGUUGAGGCGGGGAAGGUCGAGGAGGUGAUUAGGGUGCUUGGGGAGAGUGGGGAGAGGGAGGUGUGGAGGAUUGGGGAGGUUACGGGGACGGAGGGGGUCGAGAUGAGGAGUUUGGAGGGGUGGAAGGCUUAGAAACUGAAGGGUUUGUGUGAGAGAAAUAAAAGAGAAUGGGAGGCGGAGGGAUACGAGUUUUGAAUAUGAGGAUUUGAUGGUAAGUUAGCGCAGAUACAUAAGUAUGUUUGUAACCUAGAAUGCUUUCCUCAAUAUCGGCGUGCGAUGGCUCUCAU